AUGUCCUCCACACAACACUCUCACAAUAACAUCACAUCCACCUACAACCAAAACACAACUUCCAAAACACUCAUGUCGACUCGACGCAAAUCCACGGUCAGCGUACCUCGACGGGCUCAGCUGGAAGAAUCCCCAGCCCUUGAACUCGAACGCUUGGAGCAAGAAACAACAUUGGUUCUUCAAGAAAUCGACCAUAAUCUUAGCCAUGCCAACGCCGUCAUCAACGACAGAAUGAUCCCCAUUUUGCGCAAGUACGCGUCCGCUACUCACCAGGUGUGGACUAAUGUUGGUUUCUGGAAGCACUUCUUAGAAGAAGCAGCAGAUGUGGAAAUUUCUACAGCUGAUGAUCUACUUGACCCUCCAAAGGGUUCAGGCUCUGCAAUCGUGGCAGGAGCCGCCACAGGGGGUUCCAACACCUUGAACCCAACAAUGGGAGGCUCUCUUUCCAAGUCAGCAACUACAGCUACCCCACCGAGACCUAAAAAUGUAUCGAGUUCCAGCUCGGAUCCUCAGAUCGAGGCUUCUACUCCACAGCUCCGUUCACGGCCGCUGUUACUCUCGUCGCAUUCAGAACUCUCGCCACAGGUGGUUACCAUGCGGAAAGCGUCCACAGGAUACCUGAAGGUCACUGUUUCACCACGAAAGCGCACUCCAAAAGUUACACCUAAACGCACACCCACAAGAGCGGAUUCAGGCUCGACAAAACGCCUGUCUGUGCUUCAAAAUUUUCUCAAUUCAUCUCCUACACUCCCUGAACCGCCUGUGUUACUCAGUGAGGUCGGACGUAUGGCGUUUGCCAGUAGCUCCAGCGUGAAUCGCCCUACUAGUGGCCGUGACGCUGCGGAUUUGUCGAGUGACAGCGAUGAUCGCAACCUCGGCGCACUUCUGCCUAUUCUCUUCCCCACGGUUUCGCUUUCGCCGCGUAGGGAUUCUCGAAACAGGGACCUGAUCCACUCAGCGCUCUCCUCUGGUCAGAGAUUCCCACAUACUCCAACAUUUGGUUCUGGUAGAAAAGACUCUCAUGUGUCACCUGUCAGACGAAUGCCAGUGCCCUUAGGCGACUUUGGUGAUGACUCUGAUCUACCAGUACCCAAGCGCACUACAGCUGUUGAACUCGAUGAGAGCGACGAGUUGCCUCUUCCUGAACUACAGACUAUUCAUGUCACCGGUAAAAAACGUGAACUUGUCAAUGUGCCAGAUCUUUCAAAGCGAAGGAAAUUGUCCAGUGACGACCCUUCUACGAAGGAGGCUUCUGUUAAUGACGAUGCAGACAACGUUUUCUUAGAUCAGAACCCAACUCGCAAUAACUCAACUGUCUACCAUUCAGUAGUAGAAGAGCACGAGACGCGGUCACGGUCUAUGUCACAAAUUUUCGAAGAGGUAUUGCAGCAUAGCAUUGAGAGCGAUAACGAAAACGAAAAUAAGAAUCAGCAAUCAAACUUCCAAUUCGAAACCCAUACUAAUCUACGAACCAAUGAUGGUGAAAAAGGUGACGAGAAUCGGCGCGCCGAUCUUCCUGCAAGCGGGAGUGACAGCCAGCCUCAGGUAUCACGGGAUGAAUUAAUUCCGCCUUCAACGGAAAUUUUACCCAAUGCUGGUGUCAAUACACACAACGAAUCGCAGAAUGAUUCGCAGAAUCUCUCACAGUCGAUAGAUUACAGUAACAGUUCUGAUUUGGGGUCGUUUUUGGACCAACGGUGGAAGUCGCUUUCUCGUUCUUUGAGGAAAAAUUGA